AUGGAGUUUUUUGAUAUAAUUGAAGAGAUAGUAGAUGAUGAUUUGCUUUUUAUUUUAAAAUAUGGAUUACUAAUAUCUAACUUCAUUACAAUUUUUAUACUUUUGUAUUUUAAAUCAAAAAAAUAGUAAAAUGAAAAAGAAGUAAUAAUAAUAAUAAUUAGAUAAGGAAAAAAAAUCAGUUUUGUUAGUCACUGCUCAUCCUGAUGAUGAAGCUAUGUUUUUUUUACCUACAAUUACUUAUUUAAAUGAUAACAAUUAUGAAGUUCAUUUAAUAUGUUUAUCAAAUGGAAAUGCUAAUAAAAUUGGAAAAAUAAGAGAAGUAGAAUUAGAAAAAUGUUGUAAAUACCUAAAAAUUAAUAAAGUAUGCAUUUUAAUAAUAUUACUAAGUUAACCAUAAUCAAUGAUAAAGAUUUAUAAGACUCUAUGAGUGUUAUGUGGCUAAUAGAAAAGAUAUAAAAAAUAGUUGAGGAGUAAGAUAAUAUGAUAUAUAUUACAUAGAUAUAUUGAUGAAAAUAAUAUAAAGGGAGUGAUAACAUUUGAUAAAAAAGGUAUUUCAGGUCAUUUAAAUCAUAUUGCCUGUUAUAAAGCAAUAUCUAGUAUGAAAAGAACAGAAGGAUUAAAGGUAUUUGUGUUGGAAACAACAAAUAUAUUAAGAAAAUAUAGUUCAAUUUUAGAUUUCUUUGUUUCUUCUAUUCUUAAUGAUAAUCUUAUGGUGAAUCUAAAUAUCUUAAAGGCAUGGAGAUCAAUGAAAAUUCAUCAUUCAUAAUUUGUAUGGUAUAGAAAGCUGUUUGUUGUGUUUUCAAGAUAUGCUUAUAUAAAUACAUUGAUUAAAAUUUGA